UAGUUUACAUCACUUUUUCGUGCAAAGUAUACUCUUUGACAUUCUGACAGCUAAAGUAACGUAGGAGAAGCUUAUGUUUUUUUUUGCAAAUAUUGGUAUUUUAUACUUUUUUCAAUUUAAUAAACAAAAAUAAAAUUACAUAUUGUUUUUCCAAAUUACUGAAAUAAUAGAAGUUUUGUGUGUGUAUUUAUAUUUCUUGUUAUUUAUUAUGUUGCAAAUGUUUGCACAAAAUUAAUACAUAUGUUGAAUGAUUAAAAAUACCGUGUAAAUUUUCCUGUAGUACGUGUGCGUGUUGUGUAUAUAAAAGUGUAAAAGAUAUCUACGACAUUGUAAGUGAAUGAUAAUAAAUAAGCUUUCAACUCAUGGCCUUAAGGAAAAAUAUUGCCUAACAAAUUAAAAUGGACACAUUCGAUGUCACCGAUAAAAACAGCUGGUAUUUUGGACCUAUGUCGCGUCAAGAUGCUACUGAAGUGUUAAUGAAUGAACGUGAGCGAGGAGUAUUCUUAGUACGUGAUAGUAAUUCAAUAGUAGGCGAUUAUGUUUUAUGCGUAAGGGAGGACACCAAAGUUAGUAAUUAUAUUAUAAAUAAAAUACAGCAAAAUGACCAAAUAGUUUAUCGCAUUGGAGAUCAAUCAUUUGAAAACUUACCAAAACUUUUAACAUUCUACACAUUACACUAUUUGGAUACAACACCAUUACGCAAGCCAGCUCAAAAAAAAAUAGAACGAGUUGUGGGGAAGUUUGAUUUUGACGGCAGUGAUCAGGAUGACUUACCAUUCCGGCGGGGCGAAAUAUUAACCAUUGUCAGAAAGGAUGAAGACCAAUGGUGGACGGCAAAAAAUUCAAUAGGGCAAAUUGGACAAAUUCCCGUACCUUACGUGCAAAAGUAUGACGAGAAUGUAGAUGAAACUUUGCUGGAACGGCCGUCUUCAGGGAGUAGCAGUAAUUGUGGCAGUAGCAAUAGUAUCAUUAGACAGCCAAGACUUUCAUGUGGCGGCGAUAUUGUACCAACACCUUCAUCAAUACAUCAACUAAGCAAUACUUUAAAGAAAUCUGAUUUGAACAGAAAAUUGCCAGCAUUUGCUCGAGUUAAGCAGGCUAGAGUUCCCAAUGCUUAUGACAAAACCGCUUUAAAACUAGAAGUGGGAGAUAUAAUAAAAGUCACCAAAACAAAUAUAAAUGGUCAAUGGGAAGGUGAGCAUAAAGGCAAAAAGGGUCACUUUCCUUUUACCCAUGUGGAAUUUAUAGACGAAAGUGAUUUCAGCAGUAAGGAUUCAACGACACCACAACAGCAGUUAGUUGAAGGGCAUACGAUAAACAACACCGAUUGGGGCGAAUAAAAUUUAUUUCGACUUAAUUUUAAACAUUAAUGUAAAUUUUUUUUUUUUUUUUUUUUUUUGAAAAGAAAAACGUGAAAGGCAAACAACAAAACUUAAGUUUUAAUUAGAGCAUUUUGUCACACUUAUUGAAAACAUGUUUUAAAAAUUUUCUUAUAUUUACAUAAAUCUCAUUCAGAAUUAUGAAUAAUUUGUAAAUAA